AGUUAUUACCACCUCCUUAAUGCAUCUCUGAUUAUCUCUCUUCCUUCAAAUUCCUGUCUAGAGUUCCUACAUCCUCUUCUUCCCUGUCAUGAACUCAUGCUUUUUAGAAGCUGUUUAGAUUGGUUCUGUCUCCAAUAUGGAUUUUGGGGGUCUGGGUUUGGAGGGUCUGGUGGGUCCUGAAAGUGGAGCUUCAUCUCAGGCCAAACUUCCAGAGACAAAACCUAUGGUUCUUGGAUCUGGGUUUGCCAAACAAGAGAGAUCUUCAGAGUCUGGUGAGGAUCACUUGAGGAGUUCAAAAGUGCCCAGAAGUACUGAUGAUUUCUCUGCUCCUAAGACAAUGGCAUUGCGUCAGGGUGCUUCUUUGUUGAGAUCUAAUUCAGGGGUUUCCGGAGACACUCGCACACAAGAGCAUAUGUUGAGCUUUUCUGCAGUUAAACCAGAGGUACCUUUUUUCAGUAAAGAUGGGGGUUUGGGGGAGAGGAGCACUCAAAAUAGUGGCUUUGCUUACUAUCAGCAUAUACCCACUGCUUAUCCUCGAAAUGCAGGUUAUGGUUCUGGAAGCUUGACUGCGAGCAUGCACGGGCCUUUUACUGGGGUAAGAGGACCAUUUACUCCCUCUCAGUGGAUUGAGCUAGAACACCAAGCAUUAAUCUACAAGUACAUUACUUGCAAUGUGCCAGUACCAUCCAAUUUGCUCAUCCCCCUGAAGAAAUCUCUCUACUCUUAUGGCUUGUCCAGCGCAUCUGCUGGAUCUUUGCCACCCAAUUCAUUGGGAUGGAGCUCUUUCCAUGUUGGCUACUCCGGCAGCACUGACCCUGAGCCUGGGAGGUGUCGUCGUACGGAUGGAAAGAAAUGGCGGUGCUCUAGGGAUGCUGUUGCUGACCAAAAGUAUUGUGAAAGGCACAUAAACAGGGGCCGCCAUCGUUCAAGAAAGCCUGUGGAAGGCCAAACUGGCCAUGCCGCCACUGGGACCACUAAUUCCAAGGGGGUGCCUAUGACUUCCUCCAUGUCUACAUUGGUGAUAACCAGUGGUGAUACCUCCAACAGCAUUGCAAUUGCACAAAACCAGUUCAAAAACUUACAGUCAAGUGCUGCCAAUCCAACAGGAGAUGCACUCAAUAGGGUGCAAGAUCUACGGGGGCUAUCCAUGUUGUCUGCCACCAACAACAUGAAAUCUAAUGACUCUAGUUUCACCAUUACAAAACAAGGUAUCACAUAUUCAGAACCCUCUCAAUUGGAUUUUGGCCAUGUUGCCUCUGAUUCUCUUGUUAAUCCUUCUCAUAGAAGCUCUUAUGUGAAUUCCAAAGAGUAUGGUUCUUUCCUAGACUUCAAAGAUCAUGAAACUCAAGACCAAAAUCCACUUCGCCAGUUCAUUGAUGACUGGCCUAAGGACCAAUCCAGUCGUUCUGUCAUUACUUGGCCUGAAGAACUGAAAUCAGACUGGACCCAAUUGUCAAUGUCUAUCCCAAUUACCUCUUCAGAGUUCUCGUCCUCCUCUUCUUCACCCAUGCAGGAGAAACUUGCACUCUCACCACUCAGGUUGUCUCGUGAAUUUGAUCCAAUCCAUAUGGGUCUAGGGGUGAACAAUGACCUUAGUGAGCCAACCCAAAAACAGGCUAAUUGGAUACCAAUCUCUUGGGGAUCUUCAAUGGGGGGUCCUUUAGGAGAGGUCCUAACCAACACCAGUAACAAUGUUAGUACCUGCAAGAACACAUCAGCACUCAACCUCUUACCUGAAGCGUGGGAUGGCAGCCCACCGUUGGGAUCUUCUCCUGCAGGUGUAUUGCAGAAGUCAACUUUUGCUUCACUUUCAAAUAGCAGUUCAGGGAGCAGUGGCCUAGCCGAGAACAAGAUAACCCAUGACAGCAUUAGUAUAUGUGAUGAUAUGCUUGGCUCCACUCUUGUAAGUUCUGUCUCCAUUCCAUCCAUAAUCCGAAGCUAGAAACUCCUGCAACAAAAGAAGAAACUCUCGCAGUGGUGGCGCUGUACUAUGUUCAUUGAGAGAUUCUUUUUUUAGUACUUUGUGUUUUCCAGAUUGAUUUCUUCUUUCUUCCUUGUUUGUUUUUAACUCAUGGUUCUUUUGAUUUUUACAAUGGAGACUUGGCUUCAUGUUGAUCUAUGGUUAUCUAUAGUUUGUGAAAAUUUGAGUAAUCUAUGAUCCAAUUAAAUAGGUACCGGCCAU